AUGGAGCAGGUUGGAGAGAAUGAGGUCAGGCUUAUAUUUGGCACCCUUUACCCUGCAUAUUAUUCAUACAAGGCUGUGAAAUCGAAAGACAUUAAAGAAUAUGUCAAAUGGAUGAUGUACUGGAUUAUAUUUGCACUUUUCACCACAGCAGAGACAUUCACCGACAUCUUCCUUUGUUGGUUUCCAUUCUAUUAUGAACUAAAAAUAGCGUUUGUAGCCUGGCUGCUAUCUCCCUACACAAAAGGCUCCAGCCUCCUAUACAGGAAGUUUGUACAUCCCACGCUGUCUUCAAAAGAAAAGGAAAUUGAUGAUUGCCUGGUUCAAGCAAAAGACCGAAGUUAUGAUGCCCUUGUGCACUUCGGGAAGCGAGGCUUGAAUGUGGCGGCCACGGCAGCAGUGAUGGCUGCUUCCAAGGGACAGGGUGCCUUAUCGGAGAGACUCCGGAGCUUCAGCAUGCAGGACCUCACCACCAUUAGGGGAGACGGUGCCCCUGCUCCCUCGGGCCCCCCACCGCCGGGGUCUGGGCGGGCCAGCGGCAAACAUGGCCAGCCUAAGAUGUCCAGGAGUGCUUCUGAAAGUGCUGGCAGCUCAGGCACCGCCUAGAAUCCUUCGAUCUCGCUUCAGGAAGAAAAGUACCUCAUCCUCCGCCACUGAAACCACGUGAGUGAGAUGAGCCAACAGCACCGGAUACACAGAAUGUUUCUUCUCUGCCUUAAAAGAGCUAUUCAAAAAAACAGAAAUCUGCAAGCUGGUGUGCUUUGAGUGUGCAGCCUCACAGACUUGGCCUUUUUUCUCUCUCCCCUCUUCCACUUUUAAGAUACUUGUUUUUCCCUUUAUUUUGCUGGGGAGAGGCUAAAGGGAAGGUAGUGAGUGGGGGGAGGUGUGAUUUCCACAAUUGGAUUGUCAUUACAGAUAGCAGUGUGUUUUUAGAAACAUAAAAGAAUGACCCCCACACUAUUGAGAUGUACAUUUGUAAUUUAUUUGUUGCAUAUUUCCUUUUUAGUCCUGUAAAUGCAAACAAAUCAAUUUUUUAAAACUUUUUUUGUUCUUGGUACUAAUACUUUGGACUACAGUGUACAUAUUUAUGGCUUUUGGCUUAAUAUAAUGAACUUGCAAGGGCUGCCAGAGAUUCUGAUAAUAUAAGAAAACUGCCGAAACAGAAGGGUAAAAAUUUUUCGAUUCUAGAGAAUGUCUUAGAUGUGCUUGUAAAGCUUCCAAAUACAACUCCAGUAAAUUAUCCCUUUUCCUACAGGACGAUGGUCCAUAAACUUCAGUGUAUCAGAGGUUUAGAAUGAAGAGAGACAAUAUUUUAGUGACAGGUGACUGUAAUGAGGUUAGGGGCACAGCCUAGAAUAAAAGAAUCACAGGAAGCUUGUUUUCCCCUUGGAUUCAGGUUGAGCUCCUGAGUUCUUUCCGGGGUUACCAUUUGCCACAGGCAGUUGGCUCCCCCUUGGUAAAGCUGCUCAGGGAUGCGGACUCGCAGAGCUGUUGUUGUUGAGAGCUUCCAAAGUUCUUGACAAAUGACUUGUUUCUCCUUCAUAGUAACCUGUGCUGUGACUAAUCUCUCCAGGUGGAGGAGCCUACAAUCUGAGCACCUUCUUUCAGAGAACACUAAGCAAAAACCAAUGACUGAACCAAAUUAAAACAAAACCUAGAACUACGCUGUUUCAGAUAUACUGUAAAAAUACAUUUGAGACACCUGUGUAACAAUCAAAAUGCUGGGUUCUAGAAAGGUUUUAGAGGUUGAGAUCUUUAUGGAUAUGACUUGCUGUUCAGCUCCAUGGGCAGCUGUGGCUCAUGUCUUUUGCCUUUCUGUUCUCUUCCUGGCUUAUGCAGAAUGUGAGAGGAAAGUCGCACGCUCACGGGCACUCCAAGUCUUAAUGGGCGUUUUACACACGCCCGUAUUGCUUGGAGAAUAAAGUACUACCCAAGGGGACUCCCUACUUGGAUUGAGAAUUUGUCAGAAAAGACAAAUCUGGUUUAAAUAGGUUCAAGGUAGCUGCUUUACCCUUGGAGAGCAGAGCUUAAAUGUAGGACUGUGUAUUUGUGCU